UUCAACGACGAGCACUAUCCUUGCCGUUCUCUUCUGAGGAACGGGCGACCGGUUUUUCUAUCAAAGCGGGACGGGGCCAUUCUUGCGUUGAUCGUCAAAAAGUACAUAAAGCUACUCGUGGUGCAUUUGUUGGGUCGGUAUCUGGAAUCAGUUACCAGUCUCGCUUUAUUCUCUAUUCAGCGACGGGAUUCAAGAUGGUACUUUCUAUUGCUUUGGCAUCGUUGGCGCUUGCUGCUACUUCCAAUGCUCAAUUUGGAAUCAAGCAUACGCAAUAUGAGACAAGUCCGCCUGUGUAUCCAUCACCGAACAUCACUGGCAUCGGAGGAUGGGAAGCAGCACUAGAAAAGGCAAGAGGUUUCCUCGCGGAGCUCUCAUUGGAAGAGAAGUCGCAAAUGGUCACUGGUACACCUGGCCCAUGUGUCGGCAACCUUGCACCGAUUCCUCGACUCAACUUCACUGGAAUCUGUUUGCAAGAUGGACCUCUAUCGAUUCGACAAUCGAUUUACUCGAGCGUUUUCCCAGCUCAGCUCAGUGUAGCUGCAUCUUGGGACCGCAAGAUGACCCACGCCCGCGGUCUACAGAUUGCUGAAGAGUUCAAGGGCAAAGGCGCUCAUGUAAUCUUGGGUCCUGUAGUCGGCGGACUGGGUCGGACUCCCUACGGAGGUCGCAACUGGGAGGCUUUCUCUCCAGACGCCUACCUCUCUGGUGUUCUCGUGGAGGAGACCAUUCAUGGAAUGCAGUCGACCGGCGUGCAGGCUUGUACUAAGCAUUUCAUCGGGAACGAACAGGAGAUCAUGCGAAACCCUACCAAAGUCGACGGGCAAACUGUCGAAGCUCUGUCUGCUAAUAUCGACGAUAAGACCAUGCACGAGACAUAUCUUUGGCCUUUUGCCAAUGCCCUACACGCAGGCACAACCUCGAUCAUGUGCUCUUACCAACGGAUCAACGGAUCAUAUGGUUGCCAGAACAGCAAGACCCUGAACGGAAUACUUAAACAGGAGCUUGGAUUUGAGGGAUGGGUUGUGAGUGACUGGAUGGCUACACAUUCUGGUGUUGCCUCUGUCGAAGCUGGGUUGGACGUCAACAUGCCUGGAGGAAUCGCAUUCACGACGGAUCAGCCUUCCUACUGGGGCGCUAACCUCACUACUGCUGUCAACAAUGGAACCCUCGAUAUCAAUCGUCUUGACGACAUGGUUCUCCGUAUCAUGACGCCCUACUACUUGCUUAACCAGGACGUUGAUUUCCCCAAAGUGGACGGAUCUACUGUUCCCAUCAGCUUUUUCUCCGAGAAAGACUGGAGGUUCAACUUCACACUCGGUGAAACUGUCGACGUCCGAGCCGACCACCACAAGCUUAUCCGCGAGCUUGGCGCGGCUGGUACAGUACUUCUCAAGAACAAGAACAAUACUUUGCCUCUCAAGAAGCCGAUGAAUGUUGGCGUCUUCGGUAACGAUGCUGCUGAUUUGACUGCUGGUCAAUACAGUCUCGGCCAAUACUCUCUGCUAGCCGGAGGCGACUACGAAAUCGGUACACUUCCCGCGGGGGGAGGAUCCGGUGCUGGCCGUUACACCUAUGUCGUUUCGCCACUGGAAGCUAUCAAGGCGCGCGCGCAAUCCUACGGUGCCCUAGUCCAGUAUGUCAUCGACAACAAACUUCUCGCAACCGGUGCUGCGGGUGUACUCCAACCUGCACUCCCAGAUGUCUGCCUCAUUUUCUUGAAGACGUGGGCCACUGAAGGCGAUGAUCGAACCACUCUUAUCGCCGACUGGAACUCGACCCUAGUUGUCGAAGAGACUGCCAAAUACUGCCCUAGCACUGUUGUUGUUCUCCACGGUGCCGCUCCUAAUGUUCUCCCCUGGAAAGACAACGAGAAUGUUACGGCUAUCAUCGCUGCACACAUGCCUGGUCAGGAGACUGGAAACUCUAUCGUGGACAUCCUUUGGGGCGACGUAAAUCCUUCCGGGAAGCUUCCCUAUACCAUCGCCAACAAUGAGACCGAUUACGAUAUCGGCGUCGUCAACAGCACUGAGCUUCUCGCCUCUACCGACCCCAAUGCGUGGCAAGAUGACUUUACAGAGGGCAACAUCAUCGACUACAAGGAGUUCGACUCCAAGAACAAGAGCGUCGCCUACGAGUUCGGUUUCGGCCUAAGCUACACCACCUUCGAACUCUCCAACCUUGAAGUCCAGGUCGCCGCCGCAAACGCAUCACGUCUUCCCAGCUCGUCCGCCAAAAUCUUGCCUGGUGGUAACGAAGAGCUAUGGCAAGUUCUUGCCACCGUCUCGGUCACUCUCCAGAACACUGGUGACGUCGCUGGAGCUACAGUACCGCAGCUUUAUAUCACGCUGCCUGCCGAAGCCGGCGAGACUCAGAACGUGAGGGCGCUUCGCGGCUUUGAGAAAGUGCACCUUGAGGAAGGUGCGGAGUUCAAGGUAGAAUUCCAGUUGAUGCGCAGGGACUUGUCGUACUGGGAUGUGAACGCGCAGCAGUGGAGGUUGCCCGCCAGUGCCAUUUCGUUGGAUGUUGGGUUCAGCUCUAGGGACCUGAAGCUGAAUGGCGAGCUUACUAUCUAA